AUGAAUGCUUUCUCUCGAACAUGCAAAUACACCUACAACAACUUCAACCUCCGUCUAUAUCAACACAUUAUCCGAACACCGGGUUGCGACGAAUUGAUCAAAAAUGCCUUGGUCUCCGAAGAAAAGAUGACUGUGAAAAGGCUGCUUGAAGCAGGGCUCGAUCCGAGCAACGAGUAUUGCGACGAGACAACUCCAUUGAUGGCAGCCGCAUGGUAUGGACGCACGGAGAAUGCGCGGAUCCUACUCGAUGCCGGUGCAGACCUACAUGUCGUACGGCCGCACUCGGGAAACUCAGCAAUUUCAUUGACGGUCGACUUCGGACACGCAGAAACAAUGAGUCUUUUGCUUGAAAGAGGCUGCUCCGCUGAUUUCCGCUUUCAUAACACUCCAGCCCUCACGUACGCUGCUAUGUUGGGAUUCGGGGAUGUUGUCAAGGUUCUCCUGGCGCACAACAUUGACGUUGACGAAGUAGACCGCAUGACCCCUGGAGCUCCGUCAGUGCUUGGAUAUGCUAUACGAGGCGGACAUUAUGACAUGAUGCAGCGACUGAUACGGGCUGGAGCGAAUAUCAACUCGGUGACUCUGAGCGGACAAAAUCUCUUGCACUUCGCAGCUGAGGGAGGGAAUGUGGAGGCAGUGGCCUAUCUACUCGAAAAAGGUCUAGAUCCUCAUGCCAAAGAAGAUUAUGGCACCACACCGUUGAUUUGCGCCUGUCGCGCCUUCCAUUUCCGUCUGAAUGUGAACGUGAUGAAACUAUUUCUAGAACGAAAUGUCGAUGUGGAUGCGAAAGACCGCAAUGAGAGAACCGCCCUAUCAUAUGCCGCCGACCGCGGGUUUAUAGAGGGUGUGGAAGUGCUUUUACAUCAUAAUGCAGAUAUCACAACUACGGAUGACAUGGGGAACACACCCCUCAUUCUUGCAGCUCGAAAGGGUUAUGCAAGUGUUGUCCUCAUCCUGCUGGCUCACGCCAAAGAAAAAUUGUCACCCCAUGAGUUUAAGCAAUAUAUCGACCAGCCAGACAACCGGGGUCGCACUCCCCUUUUCUCUGCUACCUUGUACGCGGAACAGAAAGUUGUUGAAGUACUCCUGUGUUACGGCAGCAUUGCAAAGUCGACUCCAACCUGCGCAGGUCGCACUCCACUGUCGACGUCGACUCUUCAAUUGCGAGCAGAAGGAAACGAAAAUAAUGAGAGCAUACUGCAAAUUUGGGACUUGCUUCACAAUCAGCAGGUCUAUGAUAUGAGUUCUGUUACAGAGAUUACAGCCUUAGAAGACAUUGACAGCGUGGACUGGGAAAGCUGGGAUGCCACUUGUGAUAGAUGCCAAGUGUCUGUUUCUCCUGCCGACACGCAUUUUCAUUGCAACGUCUGCAACGAGGAUGACUUUGAUAUCUGUCAGGAAUGUGCGGCCCAUGGGGAAACCUGCUACAAUAGGACUCAUGUCUGGGAAAAGAUAAGGAAAAUGGGGACGAAAUGGAGAGUGGUCUCUCGGAAUCUUGAGCAGGAGUCGAUAGUUGAGGAGUUGGCCAGUAUUCGUGUAUCAUAA